AUGUGGUGUGGUCGAGAGCGUUUCACAGGGGAUUUCCUGGUUGUGCCGGUGCCGUACGGCGUGGUGAUGGGCCUUGAAUGGUUGAUGGCACAUAAGGCAGCUCGGCAUUUCACGUUCGAACAAGAGGCCGCGGCCCUCCUAAGGCAGCCGCCAAGGAGGUGCAGCUCCUAUGUGAGGGCUGGGAUAAAGGUACCGAUAGACUCAAUAGUGCAACAAGCCAGGGGCAAUACACGAAGGCUCAAUGAGCCUGUGCAGAGACUAAAUCUUAUGCUGGCCUUACAUGAGGCCGAUGAGACAGUAGGACUACGCCAUAGAGAUGAAAGGCAAGGGGCAUUGUGUUGUACCCUGAUUGGGAACCACCCCCCACCAGUCAACCAGAUCAGCAACCAAACUCAUGAGAAUACUUCCGCAGAGGAAGGUGAGGAGGAGUCACCGGGGGCCGAUGCUCAAUUGGAAUAUCAUCAAUUCGAUGAGCGGGUAGUGACUUCAAGGGAGCAGGGAAACCCUAGGCAGAUCCUCGAGGUGUUACGGGAACAUCGGAAAGUGUUCCCUGAUGCGCUACCUGCAGGGAUGCCGCCGAAGCUACCUUACGAUCACCGCACCCUACUUGGUCCCGGCAAGCUGCCGGCCAAGCCCGCUAUAUGUCGUAUGUCACCCGAGCAGUUAACUUUCCACAAACACGAGAUAACUAAACUGACGAUUCCUGAAGUGCUAGGGGGCGCUAAAUACUUUUCCACUCUGGACCUUGAAGCUGGGUUCCACCAGAUUCGCAUGAACAAGCGCGAUCGGUGGAAGACAGCCUUCCGUUCUGUACUGUGGCUCCACGAAUACAAGGUGAUGCCUUUCGUCCUCAAGGGCGAACCUGCUACCUUCCAGGCCAACAUCAAUGCCUACUUGCAACACUUACUUGAAUAG